AACACGUCUUAUAUUCGGAAUCCGCCUGGUGCAUCCGUGGACGGAUCCCCGCUUCCCCUUGUCCUCGUCGUAUUUAAUCGCGAUGACAGAUGGCUUUUCGGUUAACUUCAAGCGCGAUUUUUAUUCAGAGACGGAGAGACCUUGCUUUCCCCAGGCUGUCGCGAGAUCACCCGAUACACGCGGGGUAUCCGGCCUGUUAUUUUCGCGCUGAGGGGAAAUCCGAUUUUGAAUUUAUCGAGGAACGCGCCGUCAAAAAGAAGAAAAAAAAAAAAUUCGCCGCGGCGUAGGCGGCACAUCCGGCGCGACGUGCGCCGGAUAUUGUUAAAACUGCUUUUAACGUUCGAUCGGCUCUGGCGCGCGACGCGAAGUUCGCCGAAUUUCGGACAAGUCCAUAUGAUGGCUUUAGAAAAUAGCCGUUUUCGACGCUAAUGCCUUACCAUUAAGAAUUUGAAGGAAACGGAAAAGACAUCUUGCAAGUCGCGGGGUAAAUGUGGUGAAACGCAGUGAGAAGAAAGGAGCAGAGAGCGGAGAAGCUAAAGGAGAGGAGCACGGUCGCGGCAACAGGAGGAAGAGGAAUCAAAGACGACCGGACAAUCGCGAUCGCAGCGAGGGCACAUCGUGGACAAAAGGAAGGAAAAGAAAAAAAACACAAACAAACACGGUUUCUGACGUUUUGAGAGGACGCUGAAAAAAAAGGAGCAUUCGAGUAAAAUUCCGCAAGUCCGAGUGCUGGAGGGAUCGAUCGACAGUGAUCAAUAGGGAGAUAUACGUGAAUUCGCCGAGAAGGUGGGACAUUCGAGAGAGUUUGAAAACAUUGAGAGCUCGGACCAUCAUUUCGUGGGGGCGAAUUUUAUUGAGACGUGCGAGAUCAUCCAUCGAGGGACGACGAUCGACGAGAGGAGAGACUCGGGCUCGGGAAUAUUCAUUGAUCGUCGUCGUUAGCCGCGCGACGGACGCGAGGGAGAGACCGUUGGAGAGUCAAACAGGAGCGGCGGUGUAGAAAGAAAAAGUUUCCGCGUAUAUCCGUCUCUCGGCCUCGGUUGCCGCCGCUGUUGCCGCCGCCGUCGCUGUCGCCGUCCGUGGAUUGGUGCACGUUCCUCUCGUUCGGCGUGCGUCGGUGUCGUCAUCGUUGGGUUACUUGUGCGCGUCGUGCGCACGGUUACGCGGCCCGAAGGUAACCGACGUGCGGCGGAGUCGCCCGAGGCGGCGCGGCGCGGCGCGGCGGCCGAAGACAUCACGAUUACGUAUCUCGCCGGUACACUACUCCCCCCCGUCCCCUCCUCGUUCUCGCCGCUUGUGCGCCGCCCGUCGUACGCGCACGUGCGCGCGCGCGUCGUGUGUGUGUGGUGCGUUGAGGGUGUGUGCGUCCGUGUGUGCGUCCCCGGCACGUGUGUUGGCGCGGGAGAAGAAGCGUGCGGCAGAAGAAGAGGGAACGAGCGCGAACGGAAGCAGCCAGGAUUACUCCAAACCGAGGAAAUAUGAGCAUUGCUGCCCUAUUACAAGCCGCCGAGUACAUUGAACGAAGGGAAAGAGAAGCUGAACAUGGCUAUGCUUCAACGAUGCCAAUACCCGACGACAUGCGGACGAUUACAAAGAGGCCAAAGACGAAGAAGUCCCAAGGCAGCAGAACGACUCAUAAUGAGUUGGAGAAAAAUAGGAGAGCCCAUCUUAGGACCUGUCUCGAAAAGCUGAAGCUGCUAGUGCCACUUGGGCCUGAAACCUCGAGGCACACUACGUUGGGUCUUUUGACCAAGGCCAAGCGUUUUAUCAAGAAUCUGGAGGACCGCGAGCGUAAGCACGCUAUACACAAGGAGCAGCUGUCGCGCGAGCACAGGUUCCUGAGACGGCGGCUCGAGCAGCUGACGAACCAGACCGGCCUCCACGGCCUUCAUGCGCUUCACGGCCUCCACGGGCUCAGCACGAGCGCGCCGACCGGCUCCGUCGCCGCCGCCGCUUCCGCGGCGAUGCUGUCCAAGCGGCGCAGUAUCUCCGAGUGCUCCCUGGGCACGGCGUCCACCAGCUCGACCGGAAGCUCUAGUAACUCGGAUAGGUCUGCAGGUAGCCCAUCCAUCUCGGAGUCCGAUGAAGUGGACGUGAUUGGUUACACGAGCAAUCAAUCGGACACCGAUGAUCAUAGUAGCGUACAGAGUAGUAGCGACAGCGGUGUCGCAAUGUCCACCUCCAGACUGACUCUUUCCGAGAUGAUGGACAAUCUUUAGACAAAGAGGCGGUGCGAUGGCAGCGAGAGAAGAAGCGAUUGAAGAAGGAAAAGGGAGAAGGAUAGGGCAGGGGAGAUAAGAGCGAAAGGAAGAAGAUCCAUCGGGGCGUAUGAAAAUUGACGGCGCGCGAGAUAUCGACUCAUACACACAUUACAUAUAUACACAUAAAAUGCACAUUUAAAUUCGUACUCAAUGCAACUUUGUCCUUCCAAAAUGGCCUGACUGGCAAAGCAACGUUAAAGAAGAAGAUGUCCUUUAGAUGUCACUCGACUUUGCGAAGAUCUUCAAAGAACGGAAUUAAACAAAAAAUCAAAUAUGAAGGGUACAAGAAACUUGGACAGGAUUGCCAAGGCAAUCCGAUUGAAGAACAUUAAUUGUCACCCAAAGAAGAUGAAAAUAGAAACAAAGUUAUCUUUGAUACCAUCUCGGUUCUAGCCUACAAUAAAAAAAGAAGAAGUCUUCAAUACUUUCGUUGAAUAUUGCGGAGAAAGAGACAAUUAACCUGAAAAAAGAAGAUAAAACUAAAGAAACGGAAGAAAUGAUUUAUCCUAGAUUUAUCAUAAAAAUGGCAAAAGCGAAAAACAGCUUGAGAACAAGUUGAAAAGAAAGGAUGUAUGUAUAAAAUACAUACAUUACGAGCUAAGUAGAACAACAUUUGGAAAUGUUAAUCGUUGGAGAAACCAAUAAAAAAAAAUCAGCUGCUUUCCACAAAUUGUAAAUGCAAAUAAGAUUUGACAUUUUUCGAAAUUGCAAUAAUGUCUGGUAUAUAUUAUGCAUUCAAAGUAAAAUAAAGAAGAAAAACAACCGGGAAAAACAAACGGAAUAAAAGAAGAAGAUUAAUCCGGACAAGAAGGCAAAUGCAUUUGGGACAAAGAAAGAGAGUUAAGAAAAAAUGAAAAGAGAGGAAGAAGUGACUGAAACCUGGAAAAAUUUAACGAAGAAAAAAUCCAGCUACUUUUCAGAAGGUUGAUCUCGAUGAGUAAGGAAUAGAAACAUGGAAGAUAAGAAAAAAAGUGAG